AUGGCUUCACACGAGACAGUCAAAGUUGCCGUAGUUGUCGAUCCCGUGGCAAAUCUUGUGCCAUGUUCAAAUUCUCUAACAGCUGAGGAACUUUGUAUACUAUUGUGCAAGAAAUAUGGGAUACCUCCAUUAACCCGUACCCUAUUUGCAUUACGGAUUAAAGGCACGGACUACUUCCUCAAAGAUAACAGCAAAGUUCUCUCCGGUUCAAGAGAUUACGAACUUAGAAUCAGGUUCAAGGUUCCCCAACUGAGCCUUCUGAUAACUAUUGAUAUGACAACAUAUGAUUAUUAUUUCCAACAAGCAAGAAAUGAUGUCAAUGAGAAUAAAAUACCAGAGAUUAAAUAUCCUGAACAUAAACGGGAACUUCUUGGACUAGGUAUAGCAGACAUGAUGCGUGUCAUACUAGAAGACAAUCUACAAUUAAACGAAGUUGUUAGAAAUUAUAAGAAGUACAUACCUAAAGUUGUUGUAAAGAGUCAUGGGCCAUUCCUAAAGAAGCAUGCAUAUGAUUGCUUACCAAAGUUGUGCUCUGCUGGUCAUAGUGUGAACUAUGUGAAAAAUUUAUAUCUACAACAGUUAUAUGGACUUGCACCAAACUAUUUAGCAGAGGAAUAUAAAGAUGUGGUGUGGCAAAAUGGAGCAGAAAGCACUCCUGUAAAAGUGGUGGUUGCCCCAUUUCAUCCACAUCAACCUGGAAUUCGGAUCUACAAUACACUGAAGCGAGAUUGGUUCCACGCAUGCGCUAUUGAAGAGUUGAUAUAUCUGACGAGAAAUGGUGACCAUAGCUUGGAAGUGUCUCGACGAGGAACACCAGUUUUCCUUAAGUUCAAGUCUGAAGAACAGUUAACUUCGUUUAUAUCGAUCUGUGAUGGGUACUAUAGGUUAAUGGUGAAAUGGACUUUUAAUCUUUCUAAAGAUGACGAAACACCAUCUCUCAAGGAGUUGCAUAGGAUAAGAUGUCACGGACCUGUCGGAGGUGCAUUCUCGUAUCGGAAAUUGGAGGAAAAGCGAAGUAAGAAAUAUGGUUGUUUUAUACUUCGACAAUGUCAGGAUGACUAUAAUAUAUAUUACCUGGAUGUCUGUACAAAAAAUAGCACAACAGAAACAUAUUUGCUUGACUUCAAAGGCGACGGCUAUGUGUUUAAUCAGGAAAAAUAUUUUAGUAUCGAAAGGCUGAUCAGUUGCCAUCAGAACCCUGAAGGAAGGAUAUUUCUCAACGAAUGUAUACCACCUUCGGAAUAUGAUAAAUCACAAUUACUGCUGUGUGGAGAGCCUGUGAAGAAAGGAGUGAGGAUCGACCAAGCCGAGUUACAAGAUAUUCUAAAAGAUAACAAAAGUCCUAGAUGCUUGCCAAACAAGGAUAUUUUAUUAUAUACAGGAUCCGAGAAAGUUGGCUCCGAAAAUAUAACCGCUACAUAUAAAGCGCUCUGGAGACUCGACGAAACGAAGAAACUGCAAGUCGCCUUCAAAACAUUGCAAAGAGAUAGAGCCAAUGAUUAUUUGAAGGAUUUUGUCGAGUUGGCAAGUAAAUGGGCGUGCGUACAGUCGAGCUCAAUAGUUCGAUUGUACGGUGUCACCUUGAGCUCUCCCACAGCGCUAGUUCUCGAGUACCUGCCCUUUGGACCUUUUGACGUCUAUUUAAGGGAAAACGAAGAAAGAGUUAAGCCGCUCCAUCUCAAGAAGGUAGCGGCCGGCCUGGCGAGAGCUCUAUGGGACUUAUCGGAAGCUGGAGUUGUGCAUGGUGAUAUUAGAUGCAGACGAUUGCUGCUUGCUUCUCAUCAGGCUGACAGGAUGCUUGUGAAGCUGUCUGGACCAACGCUGAGGCAGUAUACGCCACAAGAUGUUCAUUGGAUUCCUGUGGACUUCUUUGCUGACAUGGCCCUGGCAAAGAGGUCGGUUGCGGGCGAUAUUUGGGCCUUCGCGACCACUCUUUGGGAAGUGUUUUCAUAUGGACAAUCGCCAACUCAUACUAAUCCUGUUUUAACUUCGAGGAGUUACGAAAUGGGCGACCGGUUACUCCGUCCGGCGAGGUGUCCCAGCGAAGUGUGGGCAUUGAUGAGGCAAUGUUGGCAAAGUGAGCCUCUGAGGCCGCAAGAGAUCAUGCGAGAUAUGAAUCAUAUGCUGCACAGAGAAUACGUACCUAUACACGAAUAUGAAGAGCCAAAGAUUUCACUCGACCAUCUAGAACAUCACGAUACGGUUUCAAGUGACAGAUUUAUUCCUAGUGAGUUGAGCGAUGCGGGCAGCAAUAAGUCCUUGUUGUCCGUGGAAAGUAGUGUUAAUUCUAUUAACGGAAUGUCCGAUCACUACGAUAAUAUGUUCGGAGACAACAAAAGCGCGAACUCGUUUGAGCAUAACUUAAACGCGAUGGCGUACGCGUUACGCAACGAGACGUUAUCGUGCGGGCGUAGUAGCCGUAGCAGCGUGCUCGGUUUGGGACUUGGGUUAGAGACCGCAGACGAGUUUGCCUGCUCGGCUCCACGGCUCAUGGAAUCCAUUGUAUCUCAGGGAAAGACCUACCUCGUGACUAUUACUAAGAAGAUUGGCAGUGGAAAUUAUGGGCACGUCUUCAAAGGGUGGAUGGAGCGCGAUAAUCAAGAAUCUCAAAGGAUGGAAGUGGCCGUUAAAAAGUUAACAAGACAAGAGUCUGAGAGAAAUGGUAGUUUGUAUGAAGAUUUCAAAAAUGAAUUAGAAAUUAUGAAGUCGCUACAACAUAUAAAUAUAGUGGAAAUCCUCGGAUAUUCGUGGGACCAUGGGUCAGAUGUUCUAAUAGUGAUGGAGUACCUUGAGGAGGGUUCACUCAACUACUACCUCAAGUUCCAAGGCGAUAAAUUGCGGCUCUCGCACCUGCUCAAGUAUUGCAAGGAUAUUGCUACUGGAAUGGAUCACGUGUCCGCAAAAAACGUAGUACAUCGGGAUUUAGCCACUCGAAAUAUUCUCGUUGUAAACAAAUACCACGUCAAGAUCUCAGAUUUUGGCCUUGCGAGGAUUAUUCCCAAGGAGGAGAAUGCUUAUAGGAUAAAGACUGAGCGAUUGUUGCCUAUAAAUUGGUACGCGCCCGAGUCGGCCGUUGAGCCGUGGCACUUUUCAACGAAAAGUGACGUAUGGUCAUACGGUGUAACCGCGUGGGAGAUACUGACACGUGCACGUCUUGAGGUCCCCAAAUUUGAUGUGGAACGACCACGGGAGAGGGCGUCUUGUUUCCAAAUACCAGAUGGGUGCCCGUCAGAAAUAUUUCGUCACUUGAUGAAGGAUUGCUGGGCGCUGGAUCCUAACAUGAGACCAAAAUUUAUUGACCUCGUACAUAUGUGCAAGCGAUUUAUGGACGAAUAUAAAUGA